AUGGGCACACCAUUCAUCUCGCACCUAGAACCCACGCGGCUGGACGGCUACGACCGCACGCGGCCUUACUACCAGCAACCAGGACAUGUGCCCAAGACGUUCAGCGACGCGAUGGAGGUGCGCGAGGCCGUCUUCGUGCACGAGCAAGGCGUCCCGCUAACUAACGAGCACGAUCCGGACGACGCGCGCUCCUGCCACUGGGUCAUGUACGCCAGCGUGAACUUGACCACCGCGCCCGAGGAGCGCGACCCGCACUCCGGCGAAGUCAUCAGGCCCCGCAAGUCUGAGACCCGCAGCUUACCUAUCGGAACCCUGCGAAUUGUGCCGUUUCCGCACCCGCCGCAUCCCCAGCCGGGCGGAAGGUACGUGGAUAACGUGCUACUAGAUGACGAGAGUGACAACGAGAAGAAGGGUGACGGCACUGCUGCUUCUUCCGGAACUGCAAGGCCUCGAGCCAGAACCCUGACGUCUGUAGACGAGGAGCGGCAAGCUUCUGCUUUACCUUUCGGUGCAGAUCGGCCUACAACGUACCACGAUGGAAAGGAGCCGUAUGUUAAACUAGGGCGCAUGGCAGUGAUUCCCGAGUUUCGGGGCCAUCACAUCGCGGGCCAGUUGUGGCGAGCAGCCAAGAAGUGGCUUGAGGACAAUCCAACCUUCUUCAACCCUAGCGUCACGGAGCUAGGCAUGGAUCAGCUCAAAGUUGGCGUGGCUGGCGAUAUUCCCAAGUGGAACGGCUUGGUAUGCUGUCACGCCCAGGAGAGUGUGAUUAAACUCUAUGAGAGAUGGGGUUUCAAAGUUGAUGAAGGCAUGGGUAAAUGGUACGAGGAGGGUAUUCCGCACGUAGGGAUGUUUUUACGACUACAUAUCAAGGAGGGAAACCCGAAAGUAUAG